AUGGAUGUUCUUUCCUUUCCUGACAGGUUUGAUGAAUGCCCGCUAUCUCCCUUGUCACUGAAAGGUGUUAAGGCUGCUGGGUAUGAAUGGAUGACUGCUGUUCAGGAGGCCACUCUUCCUAUUAUACUUCAAGGGAAGGAUGUACUAGCCAAAGCAAAGACAGGAACUGGAAAAACUGUAGCUUUCUUUCUACCAGCAAUUGAAGUUGUUUCCAAAUUACCACCUGUUGAUCGUAAUCUAAAGAGACCUCCCAUCAGUGUUGUUGUAGUGUGCCCUACACGUGAGCUUGCUGAUCAGGCUGCUGCAGAAGCUAACAAGCUUCUUAAAUUCCAUCCAUCGAUUGGAGUGCAGCUUGUAAUAGGCGGCACUAGAAUGGCUCUUGAACAGAAGCGCAUGCAUACUAACCCUUGCCAGAUUCUAGUAGCUACUCCUGGAAGGCUUAGGGAUCACAUGGAGAACACUCCAGGGUUUGCCACAAGGUUGUUGGGUGUCAAAGUGAAGCAAAUGCAUUUAAUUGCACCACUGGACAAACAAUUCUCCAUCCUAUAUGGUCUUCUAACUGAUCAUAUUUCCGAAAAUGUUGACUACAAGGUGAUUAUGUUCUGCACAACAGCAAAAGUAACAAGCCUUGUUGCUGAGCUUCUGUCUGAGUUGAAGUUAAAUGCACGUGAGAUCCACUCCAGAAAACCUCAAAGCUACAGAACUAGGAUAUCGAAAGAAUUUAAGGAGUCAAAAGGUCUCGUUCUUGUUAGCUCUGAUGUAUCCGCCCGGGGUGUUGAUUAUCCCAAUGUCACACUAGUUGUGCAGUUGGGGGUGCCAACUGACAGAGAGCAAUAUAUUCAUCGACUUGGUAGAACUGGUCGUAGAGGCAAUGAGGGGGCAGGAGUCUUACUAUUGGCACCAUUGGAAGAAUAUUUCUUGAGGAGCAUCAAGGACUUGCCUAUUACAGAGGCAACACAACCAUUAAUUGAUCUGGAAACUAAGAAAAAGGUCGAUAAGGCUCUUGCACAUGUGGAGGUUAAAGACAAGGAAUCCGCUUAUCAGGCGUGGCUUGGUUACUUCAAUUCAAAUAAGUUCAUUGGACGUGACAAAUACCAACUUGUAUCACAUGCCAAUGAGUUCAGUAGAAGUAUGGGUCUCAAUAACCCUCCUGCAGUGCCUAAGCUUGCCCUCAGGAAGAUGGGGCUGAACAACAUUCCAGGUCUGAGAUCAAAGUAA